AUGCCGUUUUUAGUCCUUUUGCGCCUUGAUUAUGCAGACUUUUUAGGUGGACUUUUCAUGAUGUGGUUUAUUAAUGAACCAAUGAUUUUGAUAUCGCCUGUACUUUUUUCAAAAGUAAUACCUAGUCUCACCAGCAUUUGUGUAGCUCAUGUUAACAAGGCUUUUACGUUGACCUAUGACCAAAAUUUGACAUUUUCGGCCCUUUUCAAUCAGGCAAAGCAUGGUCCCUUUUCUCCUGAAAAAGCACCUGAUGUGGGUAUUUUCGAUUUUAUUGGGAAGGAGCGUCGAGCGAAAUGGCAAUCGUUGGGCACUAUGUCUAAAGCAGAAGCCCAGGACACAUUUGUUCAGUCACUCCUUCAAAUUUGUCCUCAAUUCACCGCUCAUCUUGAGGCGAAUGAUGUAAUAUCAUAUCAGGAUGACGCUGAUGUAGAACCUCAGGAGUGUAAUGACCUCCCACCUACUGCUGUCCACGGCAUAAAUAGUCACUCGCUCUCCGUCGGUCCUUCCCAAAAGCUCAAUUAUCACUUCUCCCCCAGUCAAGAAUCUCAGAUUCGUAACGCACUAAAUACUCAAACUUUGGAUCAGUUUCGGGCGUACGCCGCUCAGUAUUACCCUGACAAUGAGGCUAAGCAAGCGGAAUUGAUCACACAACUGCAAGAUCGCCACUUCCACCAGUACAUGAUUUACAUAUCCGAAAAUCCGUCCGCUCUCCCCGGAGACAUUUCCUCGCAGAAUUCAGAACUAGCAUCGCACGCAUCACAGUCUCAGUCGAACGAUGAAUCUGCCUUGGUAAAAAACCAAUCGCACGAAGCCACUGUUUGCAAAUCAGCCAAGGACGGGAUGGAAUCCCGCUGUGUCAACGAACAGCAGAUGAAUGAAGGCGAUCUCGUCGCCCACAUCCCUGAUGGAAGGGACCACCUAGCAGCGCCCCAAAUGUGGACGAGAAAUGACAUCAAUGAGUUCAAGGCCCUUCUCGCCAAAGAUCCCGAAUCUGUCCUCAACGUAGGGAGCGGGGAACUGGUCACAAUCCGCGUUUCCGUGAUUCCAUCUGGCAACUGUCUCGUUUGGGAAUUCGCCACAGACGACUACGAUAUCGGCUUUGGCCUAAGCUUCGAAUGGCCCCCAGAAUCUACAGGCGCAAAUAACAAUUCGAGAGACAACGGUGAGCAAGCGACUCCAGAUGGGGGAUCGCUCAAGGCACCCUGGAACCUCAUCCAGGGGUCCUCCCAGCCUCCCCAGAAUAGCGAAGUUACUUCAGGAUCUUCAGAGGCUGUCAUUGAGGAGUUAAUUCCAGUUUAUAGGAGAACAUCUCACACCGAGGUGUACUGUGGUUCUCACAACUAUCCUGCCUCCAGUGGAACAUACCUUCUCAAAUUCGAUAACACAUACUCCCUUUGGCGAAAUAAGAUACUCUACUACCGGGUUUACUGCACACAAUGA